CUACAAGAGAGAGGACUCGAAUAGUACUAACCCUUCUCUCUCCUCUCUCUCUCUCUCUCUCUCUCUCUCUCUCUCUAAGAAGCCAUGGACUGAUGAUCUAGUACUCUCCUCUCCUCAAUUUGGUGCGUACAACACAGCCCAGGAACAUCUCUACCCUAACCUAGAGAGGAGAGAGAGAGAGAGAGGGGGGAGAGGAGAGAGAGAGAGUUUUGUAAAACCUAGAGAGAGAGAGAGUGUGGAGAGAGAAGAGGAGGAGGCUAUAGGAGAACCACCAUUUUGUUCUUUUCCCCUUCACAAACCACUCUCUCCCAAACCCAAAAAGCUCUCACCUUUGGUUGUGUAACCCACCAAUCUCUCUCUCUCUCCCCUCCUCCUCCUCCCUUUUGAUGCUUCGGAUCUGAGGAGAUCGCCCAUUGGAGGCGAAGCCAUGGUGCGGCGCCAUGGGUGGCAGCUCCCUGCUCACACCUUUCAGGUGGUUGCUAUAACGGUAUAUUUACUUCUCGUUGUUGCGUUUUAUGCCUUCUUUGCCCCCUUUCUGAGAAAGCGUAUCAUCGAAUAUGCUGUGAUGGCUGUUUAUACUCCCGUGGCACUUGCCGUUUUUAUCCUUUAUGUCCGUUGUACACGUAUUAACCCUGCUGAUCCUGGAAUUAUGUCGAAGUUUGACGAUGAACUCAUUAACGUACCCGCAAACAUACCCAAGAGUAAUCCUGGAUUGCAAGCGAUUAAUUUACCGGAUAAGGACGAUACCAUAAGCGGAACAAACUCUCCGUCAAUAACUUGUAGGAGCUCUUUAGAUGGUCGUAAUUCUAGAAAAGAUUCAGCUGUAGGAGAUUUGGUGGUGAAUGUUGAAAACGCCCCCCCGAGAAGAAGAAGUUCGUCGCCGUGUUGGAUCUUCGGAGGUCUUAUUUGCGCAAUAUUUGUUAAGGAGGACUGCCGGAAAGAGGAUGUAGCGGAGGAGCAGGCUGAUGGGGAAGAUGCUUUAUUUUGUACAUUGUGCAAUGCUGAGGUUCGCAAGUUCAGUAAACAUUGCAGAAGCUGUGACAAAUGUGUGGAUGGAUUCGACCAUCACUGUCGGUGGCUUAAUAAUUGCGUGGGGAGGAGGAAUUACAUAACUUUUAUCGCUCUCAUGGCCACUAGUCUCGUCUGGCUUUUGAUUGAAUUCGGAGUGGGUAUAGCUGUUAUUGUGCUGUGCUUCGUCGAUAAGAAGGCUAUGGAGAGUACUAUCGAGGAUAAGCUCGGGAAUGGCUUUUCUCGCGCUCCGUUCGCAACUGUCGUGGCUAUAUGUACUGCGGUUUCGUUACUGGCUUGUUUUCCGUUAGGCGAGCUCUUCUUCUUCCACAUGAUAUUGAUGAGAAAGGGAAUUACAACCUACGAGUAUGUGGUGGCGAUGAGAGCGAUGAGCGAGGCACCUCCAGGGUCUCAAGCCGAGGAAGAAGGGCAAAAUGUGCUCUACUCUCCGACUAAUUCCGCGACGACCGGGUUAAGCGGCGGAAGUUCGCUUGGGCUUCAAUACAAAGGUGUUUGGUGCACACCCCCUCGGGUUUUUGUCGACCAACAGGAUGAAGUUAUCCCGCAUUUGGAACCUGGAAUGGUGCCUUCGACCAUCGAUCCUGAUGCCGCUGGGUAUUUAGAGAGAGCCAACAAGUCCAAGAAACCCGUCAAAAUCAGCGCAUGGAAGCUCGCGAAGCUCGACUCAAACGAGGCCAUCCGUGCCGCCGCCAAAGCCCGGGCCUCCUCCUCCGUCCUCCGACCCAUCGACCCCCGCAGCCGCGGGCACGAUCCUGAGAAAUACAGCUCGAGCGGCCGAAGCAGCAUGAGCAUCGAGUACAGCGCGACGAAGGACUCAAGGAGCGAGCUGAAGCUCUCCCCUCCGCAAAACUCCUACCCGCCGAGCGUUACCAGUAGGGACGACUACGAGAGUGGGACGCAGACCGCAAGCAGCUUGAGCAGCCCGGUCCGAAUCCCUGAGCCCCCGCUUGCUCGGGCCCCACUUCCCGCUGCCCGAGCCCCGCUCGCUCUCCCGCGACCGGUCGCCAAUCGGCCGCCGCCGCCGCCACCGCCGCCGACUGCUCAAGCAGCCAACCCGAUGUUUCAUCCUACUGCGACAGCUCUAGUUCGGGAUAAUCGGAGAGCUUCUGUCGUCUGGGAUCAAGAAGCCGGCCGUUACGUUUCGGUGGCCGCCCCCGCGGCUUCUCGCCCGAUUCGGGCUUCUCAACUUACUACAGGAAACCCUAGCGGAGAGACCGCUAAUUACGGAAGGAGGAACAAUCCCGCCGCCUCCGCCGCCGCUGCUUCCUCGUUAGGGUUGGGGUUCCCACUCGCGCAGCAGCAGGAGCGGCUGAUGUACACUGGGCAGUCGAUAUUCUUCGGCGGGCCGCUUCUGAAUGCUCCGACGGGAGAGAGGGAUUCAAACGCCCGGCGCGACUCAUUCCCCGUAUUCAUUCCCGGAACUUACCCGAAGAACCCUCCAUCUAACUCCAAGUGAUCUCUCUUCGUCCUCUUCUAAGUGCUUUUGUCAGAAGCAUCACAGUGCUUCUGCUGCAUGGGAUCAAAGGCUUGUGAACCGAAAUGCCAAGUGCGAGAUGAGACCCGCUUCUGGAGUUGGGAAAAGCACUUCUGCAGCUGUGAGGCGCGGCGAUCUUUGCUUCUUCGGCGGCUGUUCAGAGAUUUUAAACUCUCUCUUAGAGGAUGAAAUUGUAGUUUCAGUCGACAACAUUUUCGCUUCGUUCCGAUGUAAAUCUUUUCCUUUCGCACGACCGGUUAUACUGAUCAAAUUUAAUUUAGUUACCGUCUUAUCGAGAGAUUUAACUUUUUUUUUGUUUUUGUUUAACCUUGUUAAUUUCUCUUUGAAGUGUUGAGGUUAACAAAUUUAGUAAUUUUUAUU